AUGUGUCCUUCCUGUGAGCCAGAGCAGGCUUUAGAAACUAUUGCCGCUCAUGCUAAUGGCAAUGGCACUGCUUCCAAUGGAUCAAACGGUACUCACCCAGGAUACACAGCCAUCGAGACCAAGAAGAACCCACAUCCAGCCAAGAGAGAUAACCCAUAUCAACCCGUCGGCGAUUUCCUCAGCAAUAUCUCAAGUUUCAAGAUCAUCGAAAGUACUUUGAGAGAAGGUGAACAAUUCGCCAAUGCUUUCUUUGAUACCGAGAAGAAGAUUGAAAUUGCCAAGGCAUUGGAUGAUUUCGGUGUCGACUACAUCGAAUUGACUUCACCAGCUGCUUCAGAACAAUCAAGAGCUGAUUGUGAAGCUAUUUGCAAGUUGGGAUUGAAGGCUAAGAUUCUUACCCACAUCAGAUGUCAUAUGGAUGAUGCAAGAAUCGCAGUACAAACCGGUGUUGAUGGAGUUGAUGUCGUUAUCGGUACCUCAUCUUAUCUUAUGGAACAUUCCCACGGAAAGGAUAUGACCUACAUCAAGAACACCGCAAUUGAAGUUAUCGAAUUCGUCAAGUCACACGGCAUCGAAAUCAGAUUCUCUUCCGAAGAUUCUUUCCGAUCCAACCUCGUCGAUCUCCUAUCAAUUUACUCCACUGUUGACAAGAUUGGUGUUAACCGUGUUGGUAUUGCUGAUACCGUUGGAUGCGCUUCACCAAGACAAGUUUACGAUUUGAUCAGAACCCUUCGUGGUGUCGUUAGCUGUGAUAUCGAAACACAUUUCCACAAUGAUACUGGUUGCGCUAUCGCAAACGCAUACUGCGCUUUGGAGGCUGGUGCCACUCACAUCGAUACCUCCGUUUUGGGUAUCGGUGAGAGAAACGGUAUCACCCCUCUCGGUGGACUGAUGGCUCGUAUGAUUGUCGCAGACCGUGAAUACGUCAUGGGCAAGUACAAGCUCCACAAGCUCAAGGAUAUUGAAGAUUUGGUCGCACAAGCUGUCGAGGUUAACAUUCCAUUCAACAACUACAUCACUGGUUUCAGUGCUUUUACCCACAAGGCUGGUAUUCAUGCCAAGGCUAUCCUCAACAACCCAUCUACCUACGAAAUCAUCAACCCAGCCGAUUUCGGUAUGACCAGAUACGUCCACUUCGCAUCCAGACUUACUGGAUGGAACGCUAUCAAGUCUCGUGCCAACCAAUUGAACAUCGAGAUGUCCGAUGAGCAAUACAAAGAAUGUACCGCUAAGAUCAAGGCCCUUGCCGAUAUUCGAUCCAUUGCAGUUGAUGAUGCCGAUUCAAUUAUUCGUGCUUUCCACAGACAAACCAAGACCGGUAAGGCCGUUGAGCUUUUGCCAAAUAUGACUGAAGAGGAAAAGGUUUUGUUGGCCAAGAAGGAAGCUGAGAUUGCUGGUGUUCCUGAGAAGCGCAAGUUGGAUGAGGUUGCCGAAAGUCAAGCUAAGAAGGCUAGAAAUGACGUUUCCGCAUAA